AAUGUCUUUCCUCCUGGAUCCAAGCUUCCUCUCCGUAGGGAUGUGGUCCAUCGGCGCGGGGGCCCUGGGGGCUGCUGCCCUGGCACUGCUCCUGGCCAACACGGACUUAUUUCUGUCCAAGCCCCAGCGAGCAACCCUGGAGUAUCUGGAGGAAAUAGACCUGAAAACUCUGGAGAAGGAACCAAGGACUUUCAAAGCAAAGGAGCUCUGGGAGAAGAAGGGCGCUGUCAUCAUGGCUGUGCGGAGGCCAGGCUGCUUCCUCUGUCGAGAGGAGGCUGCGGACCUGUCCUCCCUGAAGCCCAAGUUGGAUGAGCUGGGCGUGCCCCUCUACGCCGUGGUGAAGGAGCAGGUCAGGACCGAAGUGAAGGACUUCCAGCCUUAUUUCAAAGGAGAAAUCUUCCUGGAUGAAAAGAAGAAGUUCUACGGCCCCCAGAGGCGGAAGAUGAUGUUCAUGGGGUUCGUCCGGCUGGGCGUCUGGAGCAACUUCUUCCGGGCCCGGAGCGGAGGCUUCUCUGGAAACCUGGAAGGCGUUUGGGCAAAGAACAAAGCAAGUGUUAGUGGUUUCCCAGGAAGAGGGGAGAGAGAGGAGAAGGCCAGAAAGCCGGCCAUGGGGAAGGGGAAGGGGAAGGGGAAGGGGAACGGGAACGGAUCUCACGCCUCACAGUUCACAGGCGAGGGAGUGGCCGCCGGGGCCUGA